AUGAAGGAGCACAAAGGUUCAUCGUCUAUUGAUUACGAGUUUGCAGCGUUUCACACCCUGAGUUCUGCGGAAACAGCUGGAUUUUUAAAGACAGAUUUGGAAAAUGGUUUAACCAAACAAGAGCAUGAGGAGAGAUUGAAAGAAGUCGGUGAUAAUUCGCUUGGAGAUGAUGCCAAAAUCGACUACAAAGGCAUAAUUGUGCACCAGGUUUGUAACGCUAUGAUUUUAGUCUUGUUCAUAUCCAUGGUGAUCUCAUUUGCCAUUCAUGAUUGGAUCACUGGUGGUGUCAUUGCGUUUGUUGUUGGUGUCAAUGUAGUUAUUGGUGUCUACCAAGAAUACAAUGCCUCGAAAACGAUGAACUCCUUGAAAGCCUUGAGCUCAUCGAAUGCACAUAUUUUGAGGAAUGGUAAAUCGGAGAAUUUAGAAUCUAAAGACGUCGUUCCUGGAGAUAUUUGCUACGUUAAAGUAGGUGAUACAAUACCAGCAGAUUUAAGGUUAAUUACGGCCGAAAAUUUUGAAACUGAUGAGGCUUUAUUAACUGGUGAAUCGUUACCAGUUUCCAAAGAGGCUAAUUCUAUUUAUUCAGCCGACGAAGAGACACCUGUGGGUGAUCGUUUGAAUAUAGCCUUCUCCUCGUCAACAGUGGUCAAAGGAAGGGCACAAGGUAUUGUUAUAAAGACGGGACUGAACACAGAAAUUGGUAAGGUGGCUAAAUCUUUAAAAGACAUUGGUGGGAUUGUCUCGAAGGAUUCAUCUAAAUCAAAACUUGAGAAUUUUUGGAUUACGUCAAAACAAACCGUCGGUGCGUUUUUGGGUACAACAACAGGCACUCCGUUGCACAGAAAGCUAUCGAAAUUAGCCAUUUUGCUAUUCGGAAUUGCCGUCAUUUUUGCAAUUGUAGUUAUGGCGUCUCAAAAAUUCAAUGUUGAUAGAGGGGUUGCUGUAUAUGCAAUUUGCGUCGCUUUAUCAAUGAUUCCAUCUUCAUUAGUAGUUGUAUUGACCAUCACAAUGUCCGCAGGCGCAGCUGUUAUGGUCUCAAGAAAUGUUAUUGUUAGAAAAUUAGAUUCUUUAGAAGCUUUGGGUGCAGUUAAUGAUAUUUGCUCAGAUAAAACAGGUACUUUGACUCAAGGUAGAAUGAUUGCCAGGCAAGUGUGGAUUCCAAAUUUUGGUACAAUUACCAUCAAUAGUUCUAAUGACUCUUUUAAUCCAACAGGCGGUGAAAUUAAUUAUAUUCCAAAAUUGUCACCUCAUGAAUAUUAUCAUAAUGAAACUGAAGAUGUCGGAAUUGUGCAAAAUUUCAAAAACAAAUAUUACGAUAAUGAACUACCUGAAAAUGUGAACGUUGGCUUGUUCUCACAGUGGUUAGAGACAGCUACUUUGGCUAAUAUUGCUACCGUUUUUCAAGAUAGAGACUCUUUAGAAUGGAAAGCUCACGGUGAUCCAACAGAAAUAGCCAUUCAAGUUUUUGCUAGCAAGAUGGAUUUGCCUCGUCAUGCAUUGACUGGUGAAGGUGUCAAACAGAAGGAACAAACUGAACAAAGAUGUGAUUCUUCCAGUGAUGUCGGUGAUGAGAUUGAAAACACCGUAAAAGGAAAGGAUGAAAUGGAGUUUAAAUUUUCAAAAACUGCAGAAUUUUCCUUUGAUUCAACUAUCAAAAGAAUGUCUGCCAUAUUUUUAGACAAGGAACAGAAUACUCAAAAUGUCUACACAAAAGGUGCGUUUGAAAGUGUUUUGAGUUGUUGUAAAUACUGGUACGGUAAAGACAACCAAGAUGAAAUGGUUCCAUUCACUGAACAAGAUGUUCAGCAAGUUAAACAGAAUAUCGAUGUCUUGUCGCUAGGAGGGUUGAGAGUUCUUGCAUUCGCUAAAAAAUCAUGGAAAAAUGAUGAGAUCGAUGACAAAAUGUAUACAAGAAUCACAAAGGAUAGGAGCUUUGUUGAGAAAGAUUUAUGUUUCUUGGGUUUAAUUGGUAUCUAUGAUCCACCUCGUAGUGAAACAGCUGGUGCUGUUAAGAAAUUUCAUAAAGCGGGUAUCAAUGUUCGUAUGCUAACGGGUGAUUUUCCUGGUACAGCUAAAGCUAUCGCUCAAGAGGUUGGUAUUUUACCAACUAAUUUGUACCAUUAUCCCAAAGAAGUUGUGGAUAUAAUGGUGAUGACUGGUAUUCAAUUUGAUAAUUUGUCUUCGGAUGAAAUUGAUAACUUGCCAGUUUUACCACUAGUUGUCGCACGUUGCUCUCCACAAACAAAAGUUCGUAUGAUUGAAGCCUUACAUCGCAGAGAGAAAUUUUGUGCUAUGACUGGUGAUGGUGUUAAUGAUUCACCAUCCUUGAAAUUGGCAAAUGUUGGUAUUGCCAUGGGUAUAAAUGGUUCUGAUGUUGCAAAGGAUGCUUCUGACAUUGUUUUAAGUGAUGAUAAUUUUGCUUCAAUUUUGAAUGCCGUUGAAGAAGGUAGAAGAAUGACUGAUAAUAUUCAAAAAUUUGUUUUACAGUUGUUAGCUUGUAACGUGGCACAGGCUAUUUAUUUGAUUGUUGGUUUGGUAUUUCAAAGUGAGAAUGGUGAAUCAACUUUUCCAUUAUCUCCGGUUGAAGUUUUAUGGGUCAUUGUUUUCACUUCUUGCUUUCCAGCAAUGGGUUUAGGUUUGGAAAAAGCGGGUCCCGAUCUAAUGGAGAGACCUCCUAAUGAUUCUAAAUCAGGGAUUUUUACUUGGGAAGUCAUCAUUGACAUGUUUGCAUAUGGUCUGAUCAUGGCUGGUUCAUGUAUGGGAUCAUUUACCUCGGUCAUUUACGGUAAUGAUAAUGGAAAUUUGGGAAUUGGCUGCAAUAGUAGUUAUAAUGAUACAUGUACUGAUGUAUUCAGAGCUCGAUCCACUGCAUUUUCAACGAUGACUUGGUGUGCAUUGAUUCUAGCUUGGGAAGUGAUUGAUAUGAGAAGAUCUUUUUUCAGAAUGCAACCAGAAACUGAUCGUCCUUUCACUCAAUUUUUCAUCGAUGUCUGGAGCAAUCAAUUCUUAUUCUGGUCCAUUGUUAUUGGUUUUGCUGGUACGUUCCCUGUUGUUUACAUCCCAGUUAUAAACGAUAAGGUGUUCUUACAUAAGCCAAUAGGUUAUGAAUGGGGGCUGGCAUUUGCAUUUACUAUCGCAUUUUGGAUAGGCGCUGAGAUGUACAAAUAUGCCAAGAGACUGUAUUUCAGGAAUAAGAGUAUGGCAGAAGAUCCCGAAAGCGAUCUAGAAAAAAAAGCGGCUAGAGAUCCAUUUGAAGCUUAUAGCACGUCUACAACAAUGAUGACCGAAGUUCAGCUUCCAUUGAAGGUAUAA